AUGUUUAGUUCAAGUUGGAAAAAUACUGAAGAAACCCCAUUACCAAAAACCAUACCAGAAGUAGAUGAAGUUGGAGCAACAUCUGCGCCAUUAUUAUCAGCAUCAUAUUAUAUUGGAGAUAGAUGUAAACCAUAUAAUGAUGACUUCAUGUUAUGUAAAGACGAACAUAAUGGAGGAACAAUAGAUUGUUUAAAAGAAGGUAGAAGAGUAACAAGAUGUGCUAUAUCAGUAUUAAAAGAUUUAAAUAAAUAUUGCUUUGAUGAAUUCAAAUUACAUUAUGAUUGUUUAGAACAAAAUAAUCAAUAUUUUAGUCGUUGUCGUUCAAGUGAAAAAUUAUUAGGUAAAUGUGUAUUUGAUAAUUUAAAAUUAGUUAAAAAAAUUCCAGGAGUUGAAGAACAAAUUCAAGAUAAACCAAAUCCAAUAUAUAAAACAAGUUCAAAAGAUUCAUCAUUAACUAAAAAAUUCAUACAACUGGAAGAGAAAAAUACAUCUAGUUGA